CGCGGCUCUGCCGAUCCCGGCGCCAGGCCGGGUUCCCGUCGGGAACAUGGACGAGGCGCCCCUGCUGGGCGGGAUGUCCAGUCCCGAAGAGGAGAUGGGGCCGGACCUGUUCGGCGCAGAGGGUCGGUUUGUUUCGGAAAACACAGGCCUGAAGGCGCCGGCGGUGGUGAAGGCGGAGGAGGAGGAGUUCCACGUGUUUAAGGACCCCUACCUGAGCCCCGCGGGCCCCAAGGAGCCCCUGCUGCACGCCUUCAACCCGCCGCUGGGCGCGGACUUCGGCAGCAAGGUCAAGGUGGAGCUGCUGGUGGAUGACCACGAGGAGGAGAUCCUGGGCCAGUUCCCGAGUCUCGCCGAGCUCGACCCCCUGGAGGACGCGGUGCUCCCCGCGGCUCCGCCGCCCCCGCCGACUUACAACGUGGAAGUGAAGGAAGGAGGUGGCGCUGUGCCGAGUGAGAGCGCGGAGGAGGCCGCUCUGCAGAACCCUCCGUCCCAGGAGCCCUGCAAGUUCCCGUGCUCUCAGGACGCCGAGGAUGCCCUGGGCGGCUCUCAGAAGGACGCAAACACCAUGGUGCUAUGUCAGUUGAAAGGCGGGACACCCAUGCUGCGCAUAGACAAUCCGAGCGCGAGAGAACUAAAAGCACUCCAUUUGGUUCCUCAGUAUCAAGACCAAAACAAUGCUCUACAGUCAGAUGUCCCUAAACCAGUGACUACUUUAGUAGGAAGAUUUUUGCCAGUGCCAGCAAAAUUAAAUCUCAUUACACAACAACUGGACCACGGAGCCCAGCCGGCCGCGGCCUUGGGGUCUGCUCUGCCCUCAGGACCAGCCCUCCCCGCACCGCCCCGGAUAACGCUGGCUGGGUACUGCGACUGCUUUGCCAGCGGGGACUUCUGCAACAACUGCAGCUGUGAUGCCUGCUGCAGCCACUUACGCCACGGACUUGAGCGCUUCAAGGCCAUUAAGGCCAAAAUCAUGUGCUCCUCUAUCUGCAAAUGCAUUGGCUGCAAACAUUAUGAAGAAAGCCCCGAACAAAAAACGCUCAUGGCCGUGCCAAACUACGCGGAAGCUGGCAGUUUUGAAGGCAGCCAUUACAUGUCAGGACUCCCCAAAUUCAGGAAGGAGAGGCGGUCCUCGUGCAUCUCCUGGGAGGUGGUGGAAGCCGCGUGCGCCUGUCUGCUGGCUCAGGGCGAGGAGGCGGAGAAGGGGCGCUGCUCGGAGUGCAUGGCCCAGCAGAUGGUCCUGGAGGAGUUCGGGAGGUGCCUGUCCCAGAUUCUCCACAUCGAGUUUAAGUCCAAAGGGUUGAAGAUGGAGUAGAGGAGAAGGUGGGGAGGAGAGAGGAGCUGCGGGUCUGCGCUCGGGCUUCCGGGGACCCACAGAGGAGAGGCUGCUUUAAGGAACACGAGGCCGGUCUGUGUCCACAGCUGCACCAUCGAGGUGGGCGCUCCCUCUGUGCCAGGGGACCCAGGGGGCUGAGUCUGGGAGGGUUUGGCAUCCACAGCCCCUGUUUGAGGAGGGGCGUGACUGACUACAUGGCGGGGCCAGGAGGGAGCGUGGGUUCCCGUGAGCCUGGGGACCUCUGCACCCACACCCAGUGCUGGUGGGUGGACACGGGGCGGGAGAGGGAAGAGUCACCCUAUUGACCUCAUCCCCUUGGGGAGUCUCCUCUGGAGGCUUCUCUGCAUAAAAGCCAUCAGAUUUCCCCCAGAUUCUUAGAAAUAACAUCUCUGCUGGGCUGCUGAGAUGCAACCUGAGAUCUCUAGAGAGCCCUGAACACUCAAGGAAUCGAGUGCGGGCGUGUCCCACUCGGCGGACACCGAGAGGCAGCGGGCACACAGGCUGC